AUGAUAUGUUUUUUGUUAAUUUUAUAUGGUUCUAUUAUAAAUAUUAGUUAUUCUAUUAUUCCGUUUUCUGAAGGUGUUCAUUCAUUGUUCUCUCGAAAUGCUGGUGAGACUCAAGGAAUAUUUUUGGGGUUAUUCAUGAAAACGAACUUCUGAAAAUUUCUUAAAAAUCCUGAAGGAUUAAAUUUCCGAAUAAACUAGUGAAUUUUCAGAGAUCCGAAAAUUGGGAGAAUCUUGCUCUCGAACUUCACAAUGUGUUAUCGGAGCCGUUUGUCAUGUAACCUGUCGAUGUAAAUAUAAUUAUGUAGCGAUUGAUGAACAAUGUUGGAAAAGUUGGAUAUUUUUCAAAUUAUGUUUCUCAUUUUCUGAUUUUCAGAGGUGCAGCCUGGUUUGAUUGGAUGUACACAUUCUGAACAAUGUGAAGCUGUUUGGCCAUCAACAAGAUGUGAAAGAGGUCAAUGUAUAUGUCCAGAAAAUGAGCAACUUAUUGAAACUAUUGAAGGAAAUGUUUGUGUUUCAUCUGGUUCUUGUCCAACUAAUGGUAUUAAUGGUGCACUUUAUGAGAGAGCUACAAAUCGAGUUGCGAACUGUUUCAGCUUCACAGCCGGUAAAUUAUUCGUGAAAUAUUUUCAGUUCAUAAUGUUGUCAAAUUUCAGGCCCUUUCCAACGGAAAAACUUUAUUGGAUGUGAUGAAUAUCCGGAAAUCUAUGAUUGUAUCAACGGACUAUGUUGUCCAACACGUGGAAUGACAUGUAUCCAACCAAUGUCAGUAGGUGAUUAUCCACGUGGAGAAUCAUUUAAAGAAGAAACUCGGUGGUUUUACAAUAGUAAUCGAGGUCAAUGUGAAAGUUUCAACUAUCGUGGAACUGGUGGAAACUCUAAUAAUUUUCUUACACAAGAUCAAUGCGAAUCAUACUGUGAAAAUCGAUGUCCACGAGGUGAUCCGAUUACAAAAAUGGAAGAGUUGGAGAGUUAUAAAUGUGAAGAGAAAAGUGGAAUAGAAGAUGAACAUGGAAAAACAUUAUGUUGUCCGAUACCAUCCUUCAUUUGUAGUUCAAUUGGAGGAGUUAAUUUGGAGAAAUCUGCACUCAAACCGUUUUCGAGUGGAUCUCCCAAAAAAGGUUCAGAAAUUUUUCAUAGGUUAGUCGAAAUGAAAAUUACUUGUAUUUAGAAUAGUUAUCGAUUUUCAGAUGGUAUUGGGAUUCCAGCGAACUUUCAUGUAAAGUGUUCAAAUAUUAUGGUCAAGGAGGAAAUUUUAAUAAUUUCGUAUCGAAAGAAGAAUGUUCGGGUUUUUGCACUACCGGUACAUAAUUUUUAUAAACUGAGAAAAAAAAUAACUUAUUUAGGACUUUGUCCAAUUGGAACACCUCUACAAGAUCCUAGUCGGAAUAUUCAAAGAUGUUCUGCGGUCGAAUUAUGUCCGGAUACACACGAGUGCAAACAUACAAUAUGUUGCCCGAAGCAUAUCACAAUUUGUUCACAUAAUCUUGUUGUAAUGGACAAAUGUGAUCCAAAAGAGACAAUUACAAGAUGGACGUAUUCGAUGGAACAUUCCAUGUGUAAAUCAAUAUUAGCAAGUUCUUGUCUUCGUGGAGAUAAUCAAUUUGAAACAUUGGAACAAUGCCAAACUGUUUGCAGCGCGGUGCAAGGUAUUUUAUGAGCUGUGAACGAACAUAAACAAAACAUUUCAGCUGAGCCAAAAUGUCCAAUAGGUCGCGCUUACAAAAGUUCUGACAAUAUAAUUCACACAUGUUCAUCUUCUAAACCUUGUCCACCAAGUUAUGAAUGCGUUUACACAGGAUCUUAUCAUACGUGUUGUCCUUCUCGAGAAUAUACAUGUCGACAGCCACUUUUUAUUGGAACUUCCUGUGGAAUAAGUUCAAUUCAACGAUGGUUUGUUUCAUGAAAAAUAGUAAAAAUAAUUAUGAAGAAUUCAGGUAUUACGACGAGAAUACGAAUAGAUGUCUUCAAUUCGACUAUUUAGGAUGUAACGCAAAUGACAAUAAUUUCUUGAGUCGAAUUGACUGUAUGGAAAAUUGUCACAGAUCGGAUUGUCCCGAUGGAGGAGAUGCAUUGAUUGAUUCAACAAAUGGUCAAAUAAUAAUGUGCAAAAAGAACGAUGAAUGUCCCAGUACGCAUCAUUGUACUAGAAUGGUAAGAUUAACUAUACUUUUUAAUAGGGUAGUAAAUUUAAAACGGUUGAUCACAUCAGAUAAAACAUUUCAAAAUGUUACACUAACUUUCUAAACCUUUUUUUUCAAGGAUUCCUAAUUAUUCAAAUGUAUAAAUAAUACGAGAUUCAGUCACAACUAUACAGAAUACUCAUUUCCAAUUAAAAUCAACGAAAACUGUAUAUAAAACCGAAUAACAAACAAAAAAAACUUCAAACAAAAAAUCGCGAAAAACAAAAAAAUAUGCGCGUCAAACAAAAUGCAUUGUCCGUAAAACAACAAAAACCGUGCGUGUUUGCACACGCGGCAAUUCAAAUGACAAUAAAAUGUGCAUUUUUACAAAAACAUUCAAAAAAAAUUCCAGCUUUAUCAAAACACAACUUCUUGCUGUCCAUCUCGAAAAUGGAUUUGUUCACAAGACGCGGAUGAAGGUGUUGCGUGUGGUUCAACUUCAAAACGUUUUUACUUUGAUCCAUCAACCGAAACUUGUCGUCAAUUCACAUAUCUCGGCUGUUCAGGGAAUCCAAAUAGUUUUUCAACACGAAGUGCUUGCUAUCAAUUUUGUCAAGGAGCAUGUAAGCGCAUUUUGAAAUUUAUAGACCCCCCAAAAUAUUUUUUGAAGCCUGCUCAUCUUCUGAAAUUGUGUAUCAACCGUCAAACUUGGAUGAGCCAUUCGAUUGCUCUCUAAAGUCUUGCCCCAGGCAUUUUUCAUGUGCAAAACAUGUCUGGAACGAUAGAAAAAGUGUUUGUUGUGGCAGUCCAAACUUCGGAAAGUCUAAUUAAAUUUAUUCAAAGAGAAAUAAUAUGUUUUUUCAGGAGUUUGUUCAAGCACCCAACAUCCAAUGAUUGAAUAUAGUUCACAACAACCAAUGACAUGCACACCAAAUUCACCGGUAAGACAUUCAAGGAAUUCUAAAUCAGAUAAAAUCAAAUCAAAUUCUGAAAUUAUUUUAAUUUCCAGAUAUCUUGCCCGAUCGGAUUUCAAUGUACAUAUUCAUCAAUUCGAUCUUUGUAUUUCUGCUGUCGAGAUAUUGAAAAACUUGACAAAUGUAUGAAAGGAAGUCGACCUGAAAUAUGGCAAUCGACAGCUGAGCCACGAAGUUGUUCAAAAGAUUCGCAAUGUCCUUUAUCAACUGGUUGCUACACACCGAUUCCAUUCACUUCUGGACUUUGUUGUGCAAGUGUGGACGAUGGUAAGAAUUUUUUAAAGUUUAGGCUACGCCCACUUCAACCACUGUUUUACAGUAUGUCCAGCUACAUUUAUCUAUGAACCUGAAAAAUCAAUUGGCUUGGAAUGUUCUCCGUUGGAUAGAUUGAGUUGUGGGAAUGAUGGGUAAGCCAGAUUUUUCUCUCUUGAAAUUUUCCAUAAAACAAUUUUUUUGCAGUCAAUCAGUUUGUUUAUAUUCUGAACCAAAAGGUCGAUUUGUUUGUUGUCGACGAGAAGCGCGACAAUUGACAACACUUGCAAAAUGUCCUCCCGGUUCAAUUCCCGAAUUAAUUCGAACACAUUGCGAUCCCGAAAUACCGUGCCCAAAAACACAUUUUUGUAUGAAAAAAUCGAGUGAUCGAUCAGGAAUUUGUUGUAGACAUCCGAAUUUGAAACGACUCCCCACUUUGAUAACUCGAAAAAUUGCGACGGCAACUCGAAAACCGAGACCGAUUCGAGGAAAAUGUCCGAGAUCGGAGAAAAUCUAUCGAGUUGAUGGAUAUAUUAAGGAUUGUCUAUCGGAUGAUGAUUGUCCUGAGUUUUAUAAGGUAAGGGGGUUUUUGCUGUUGAGAAAUGGGAGCUGUUUAAAGCUUUGACGUCAGGGUUACUGUAGUUUUCCUUGAAAUGCCUCAUUUUGGUCCCAUAAUACAUAUCAGUUUCUAUUAGCUCCCCUUUCAAUAUAUUUGCAGUGUACAUCUCAAUCAAAUGGUCGAGUUGCAAUUUGUUGUGGAUUCGAUAUGCAAGAUAUUUGUCCAACUCGAGUUUUUCCAACAAUUCGAGUUCAAAAAUGUGCGCAUUGUGGAGUUGGUUACGAAUGUCAUCGCAAUUAUUGUUGUCCACAAAAAGAUCUAGUUUGCUCUAGUCCACCGCCACAACAAAUUGAUUCUCAAAAUAAUCCGAAAAUCCCAACUGUUUCUCGAUAUUUUUAUGAUUCUGAAACUAAUACAUGUCAUUCUUUUGAAUAUUUACCUGCUAAUGGAAUUCGAUCUGAUCAACCACAAAAUCAUUUUUAUGAUCAUGAAUCGUGUAUUGAAAUGUGUGUUUAUUCAUCGGCUUUUGAGGAUGAAACAAUGUGUCCAGCACCGUAUUCAAAUCCAAUUGAUCAUCCACAAUUAUGUGUUCCUAAUCGCAAAUCUUGUGCAGGUAAGGAUUUUCGAAUAAAAAUCCACGUGGCUUUAAAAAAUCUGAACAGUUUUUCAAAAUUCCACGUGGCAACUUUUUAUCAAAAAAAAAAAAUGACAAUCUGAACUUCUUUGAAUUUCUCGCAAAAGCCAUGUGUCAAAACAAUCUAGAGCCGUUUAAAAUUUUUUCCGUCCAAAAAUCCACCGUUUUUUCAAAUAAAUUUCGGAAUUGGAAUUUUCCAUUCGAAGUAUGUGAAUUAUGGUCCCAAUAUUAGAAGUCUCGAAUUUAAGCUGAAAUGUUGAGUGACUUACAAAAAUCCACGUGUCAUUUUUUUCGGAAUCAAAAUUUUUCCAAAAAUGUUUUUUUUCAGACACCGAAGCUUGCAUUAAAACAGCCAGCGACGCUUAUGUUUGUUGUAAACGACCGAAAUCUUUCAAAAUUAUAAUGCAUAAUUUAUGUGGUCCCAACUUUUUACCGUAAGUUUUGAGUUUCACUUCUUCUCCCUAAAAUUUAUCAAUUUCUUUCUAGAUUUCUUGACAAAUCUGGAAAUACGGUGCGAUGUUCUUCGAAUGCAAAAUGCACUACAAAAAUAUGCAGAAAAAGUCCAGUCCUGAAGCACAGUAUUUGUUGUCAAUAUUCGAAAUUGAGCAGUGAGUUUGAGUUUUGUGAAACUAACUUGUGAAAUUUCCUAAUGCUUAUGGGAUUUGUUUUUUUGCAGCUGGUCGCAUGAUUUUAUCCUCUCCUUUGUCAGAUGGUCUCAAGAAAAUUUGUGAGGAUGAAAAUGAAAAGGAUUGUUUGAAAAGUAGGUUUUGGGUUGGGAAAAGGAAAAUUAUGACGUGGCAAAAUUGAAUUUUUUGUUGAAACUUUUCUUGAAGGUUUCUUAAAACAUUUAUCUAGUUGUACUUCUGGAAUAAUGAAAUUUUGAACUUUGCCACGUCAUAACUCGCUAUUUCUCACGAGUCAAAAUAUAUAUUAUAAUUGCGUCUAGGAAUUUUUUGUUGAAAAUUAUUUCCUGAGAAUUUCGAGCUUUAAAACAAAGACACUGAAAGCACACAGUUCUGAGUGAAAUUUCAAAUUUUCUAAAAAAAAACAUUCGGAUAUGAAAUCUCAGCAGAUCUUGAAGCAGAGAGAUUUCGACUCCGAGAUUUCUUUAAUAAUUUUUUUCUAGAAUUAUACGCUGGUGAAUCGGGAUGCAUAUCCGAUCGACAAUGUGUUGGAUCAAUUUGUCUCGAUGGAUCUUGUCAAUGUCCCCCAAACACUGUGCUUUUCAGAAGAAUGUGUGGUUAGUUCUAAUUUUUCUUGAUCAAAAGUAAAUAUUUUUCAACAACAACAAAAAAAACGGAAGUAUUUGCCUAAACAAUUUUUGAUAAUCCAAAUCCUUUUAACAUUCAUUUUUUAUUAAUAAAUCCUUGCCCAACUACGACAUUAAUAUCUAUCAGAUUACGGAAAUUGAAACAAUCCCGAGCUUUUUUGACCUUUUUAGGCGGAUGUUAACAUUUUUCGAAAGUAAAAUGUUGUUUCUAAAAAGGUUCUCUAGAGAUUUUUCGAAAAUUUAUGGGCCUAUGAAGUUAGUUCAACUUUAUCCCCGUGACACCAAAAUUACAGUAAUCUCUAGAAAAAAUUUAAAUUUUUCAGCCUCCAUCUGCCCGUUGUUCUACAAAAACGAAAAUGGAAUAUGCGUAUAA